GUUUACCAAGAGUUAAGACAAGCGGAGAUCAAAGGCCUUAAUGUUUAUAAAAAAGAUAAUAUUCCCGAAAAGUUUCACUUUAAAAACAACAAAAACGUUUUACCCAUUUUGUUGACCACCGAUAAGGGAUAUCUUAUACAAGCGCCGCGCAUUAAAUCCAAAGUAUAUCCGGAUUACGAACGCAGCGAAGACAAUGAGCCCAAAGGCGGUGGCCAUGGCUUUGACGCCGACUAUGUCGACGAAAUGCGGGCCAUUAUGUAUGGAUUUGGGCCGUCCUUCCGACGGAAUUACGUGUCGGAACCGUUGGAAAUGGUCGACCACUACAACCUGUUCUGCCAUCUGGCGUUUAGCUAUCGGGUCAUUAGCAGACCAACAAUUGGUUAA